CAAACAAGAUACCCGGCAGAGAUCAAACAAAGUCAGCCGUAGUGAUAACAAUCAAGUUAAGAGUUUUGUCUCAGAGGAUUGUCAGCCGGUCGUCAUGGAAAGAAUGACCACCAAAGAUGUGACCACUGUGAAAGACAUUUUAAAACCAGUAAUGAAGGGGUUCACCGGUACAAAUUUCAUACUUCACUUCCCAGAACAUAACUUUUUAUGAAACGUGAGGGUCGGAAGUUUCUUUAACAUCGGUAUUGUUUUACUCCACGUCACAGGCCGGUGCUCUCCGCUUGUGCCAUGUUAUCAAGCAAGUCUGUUUUAAGGUGGUAGUUUCUUUGUAGUCCGACGUUAGUACAUGAAUCAUAAUCCUCACAAUUAAAUGUAAAUAGGAAGAAAAAGGACUAACUGUUUGACGUAUUUCCUGGGUGAAAUAAAGGUUUUAUACCGCAGCUUUAAAAUGAGCAGAUUUAUCACUGAAAACACAUUUUACAGUUUUGUUAGUGUAGAUGGAUUACCUGAUGGAUUUCACAACAGACUGAGUGUGUGGAGCCAUAUGGGAACCAGCCUUUGGGAGAUCUGUUUCCAAGUAAAAGAGGUCACAAUACGUUCAGUGUCAAAUGUUUUAUUGAUUUCAUCCUAAUUCAAUAAUUCAGCACAAAAAAAAAAAGAUUUUCAUGGGGGUUUGAAAAUGAAAUGAGGCCAAUGAAUAAUUACAGGAAUAUACAUCUGGUACCUGUGCCAUAAUGUGUUUUAAUAUUAGAUUUCAUGAUGCUGCUUAAAAGGCUGCAGGUGACUCAUAUAUCUCACUUUCACUGUGGUUAGAUGCACAGUUUGUAUUAAGUCCUAAGUGGUUUUAAUUGUACCAGCAGUAUUUAUACUUGAGUAACGUAUCUCACUUGUCUCUCCCUCUGAUGUCUGCUGCCUGGGGGCCGUGGUCUUUCUCCUGAGGACCUCCGGGGCAUGACUGAGCUGGGCGGACCGAGGGGGCUGGAAGGUCGCUCAGCAGGGGCUGGGAGCGUGCACUCUGCAGAGAGAGAAGGCUGAGUGCCCACCGCAGGGAGAGAGCCCGGUGACCACAGUCUGGAGAGCUCAGACCAGCCAGGGUUCAGACUGAGAUCACGUAGUGUCUGUGCAUUGUACAGGAGGCAGAGUGCUUUACAGCAGCACCGCCGCCGUCAUGAAUGUGGGCACGGCGCACAGCGAGGUGAACCCCAACACCCGGGUGAUGAACAGCCGGGGCAUGUGGCUGUCUUACAUCCUGGGCAUCGGCCUCCUGCACGUCAUCCUGCUCAGCAUUCCCUUCGCCAGCGUACCCGUGGUCUGGACCCUGACCAAUCUCAUCCACAAUCUGUGCAUGUACCUCCUGUUGCACACAGUCAAAGGGACGCCCUUUGAGACCCCAGAUCAGGGCAAGGCUCGCCUCCUCACGCACUGGGAGCAGAUGGACUAUGGUGUGCAGUUCACCGCUUCACGCAAGUUCCUCACCAUCACACCUAUUGUCCUGUAUAUCCUAACCAGCUUCUACACCAAAUAUGAUCGGGCCCAUUUUGUGGUCAACACUGUUUCCUUGCUCACUGUACUCAUCCCCAAGCUGCCCCAGCUCCACGGUGUGAGGAUCUUUGGGAUUAAUAAGUACUGACAAGGCGGAAGAGGACACCUCCUUCCCUUAGUCCCCAUGGACUGCUGAGAGCACACAGAGUAUCAGGGCUCCUAUUUGGCUCCAGAUCCAUGAGGAUCCGUGGCUCUUUGGCUCACGACUCUGCUGAGCAAUGCUCUAAAUGAAGCCUACUGGGGACACUGCCAUGGUACCAAACCCCAGGACAGAGACACAGUACUCUAUAGAGAAAGCACAAAGGGAAAGUGUACUGCUGUGAUUGUUGGAGGCCCAUUUCCUUGAGUUACAAGUUUUCCAGAGACAUUUAAAAAGCCUUUGUAAAGGGGAGUAUUACGUCCAUUUCUGUAGAAAUGACAGUUUCCUGAUGUGACAGGUGUCGGGGCAGACGACAGUGUAGUUGCACAAAUAUCAUGUGCCAUUUUACACCAGUUGGCACACCGAGGCAGUAAUCUGAGUUUUUUUUUUAAAUGGUACACUGCUGUAGUUAUUCAGCUUCUCUCCCACGUUGAGCUUUCUCUUUCUCGAGGCUUAGACUAACAAUACCUUAAUGAAAUGGACUGCUGAGGCGAGACACAAGAAACCACAAGGAUCUAUGUUUAGCCCUCACUGCCCUGCUCAGGGCCGCGAUUAGGAAGUUAAGCAACUCUUAUUUUAUCUGACCACUUCCAUAUUUGGACUCGGCCUGGUCUGUGUCACAGCGAGCCUUCCGUCUGCUGUCAAACUGUCUUUAUUCACCUGCAGACUGAAAAAUAGAUAAAAGCAGAAUGUGGCAUAAUCGCAGGAUUACGUAACGUUUUAAACAUUAAGAGGUGAAAAGUAAUGUUUCCUCUCUUUCACUAAAUUCUGUUAAACAGUGUUGUCAUACUGGAAAGAGUGGUUUUAAAAUGGGAUCUAAAUGUAUUGUUGUUUACUAAUGUUAACCUGAACAGUGUUAACCACACAUUUCACUCUCAGCUGUAGUAAUAGCAGUAGCCAUAUUAACAUUAAUAUUGACAGUAGUAGUUCAGCUUUUCAAUCCUGGUUCACUUACUGUUACAUGCUGUUUCAUCUUAAUUAUUGCUGAAACCAAAACAUGUGCAUUCAGUUAUUUCUUUUAGCAGACUGAUGUAUUGAAUUGGCGUAAUUUAUAACGGAUGCAACCAAUGACAAGCGUGGACCAAAGAUCCAGACAGCUGAGGAGUUGUAAAUACAAGUGGAUCUGCUGCAGCGUUUAUCUCUUCAUCUUGAUGUUUUCAGAUCUUGUCUUCAUUAUCACCAUAAAGGGCUUUAUCCAAGGACGUGCUACAAGAUUUUGUAGCACAAAGUGACCAUGCAUUUUUUUUUUUUUUUUACUGGACUGUUUAAGACAACAGUUGUUGAAAGAUAGUUGACCUGAAUGUUGAUCAAAUGUGAAACAGUGUGCUCAUGGCUUCUGUUCAGUGGUGACUGUUUUUGCUUUUUGAAGGAAAUGUCAAUGUGAUCUCCUGUAAGAGUGCUUGACCCAAAAUACAGUAUUUUUCAAGUAUCAUCUCAGAUCGUGCGUUUUGUGUUGCCGUGCCAGAGUUUGUCAGUGUUUCACUGAAACAGACAAAAUCUGUCGGUUUUAUUAAGAUAGAGGCAAAGUGAAGAAGUGUGUGCUCGUAGCAGUUUUUCCACUUCGUUAUACAAAUUUGUUCUAAAACUGAUGGUUGGUGUGUAAUCAUGUGAGCCUGUUAAAGGCUUUGAAACCUGUAGGAGCAUCUU